ACAAAUAUAAUUCCCCAGACUAACGCUGCGAAAUAUAAGACGCCAUCGCACUUCAGCUAAAGAGAUGGUGUUCAAAAACUAUAUUUGUGCAUGAACGCAGUUCAAAAAAAUAAUUUCACUCAAUUAAAUCCUUCCUCAAAAGAUCGCCACUAAUUUAAUAAAUUACAAGCCACAUUCGCGUUGCCGCUUGACGGUCCCUAGGGGAAUUUCGCGUUAUCGAUCGCCAGCGGUUGACGACGCUGAAUUCGACGGUGCCGUUUGAAAGAGACGUGCGUUACGAGCGAACUCGCGCGAUGACUACUGUGAUGUGCGUGGAUUCCUGAACGGACGAGAUUGUUGUUCCUUAGUAGUGCGACGAAGGCAAGGCCGCGUCAACUGACGCAUCAGUGCAGCCGACAACAUGUUCCACUCCAAGAAGGACGUCGAUCGUCACGUACAGAACAUCUUCAGCAAGCUCCGGAACGAGAACGAGAGAAAUCUUAGAUGUUACAAUGUUGCCAAACUGUACUAUCAAGUAAACGAUUAUGAAUCUACAAAAAGAUACGUAUCCAGUUACUUAGAGGUACGAGAUAGUUCUGCUAGCGCACAUAAAUUGUUAGGUCAGGCGUACGAGGGACUUGGUCAAAAGGAAGCAGCUUUUAACGAGUAUAAGACAUCCCUUGAGCUUGAAGGGAGGCAAGAUGAUCUCGUCUUAAAGGUGUGUGAAUUAUUGGUUGACACGGAUAUAAGAUUGGAUGCCAGCAAAGUAAAAUACUGGAUUGAAAGAGCUGACAAACAAUUUCCACAUCAUCCGGUUGUUUUCCAAUUGAAGGAGAAAUUGUUGACCGUAGAAAGACCAAAUAACAGCAGUAAAGAUCUUGAAGCACUCAUCGCAUCUGAAUUGGCGGCGAGACCGACUGACGUCCAGCUUCGCGUCAAGCUGCUAAAUCAUUAUAUGUCGGAAAACAAAUUAGAUAAAGCUUACGAGCAUGCCAUUAGCGUGGAAGGCAGUGUUCGUCAUAGAAACAGCAUUAUAUGGUAUCAACUAUUGUACGAGUUACUGACAAAGUGCAAAGAGACCAAAUCCAGCGACUGGUUUUUCUGGUUCUACUAUGCAUCUGCAUCGGAGAGGUACGCAGCACUGUGUCUCAAGGAGCAAGGCAGUGAAAUGAAGAAAAGCAUUCCAGAGGCGACUCAGGCAGUAUUUAACUUUGAUCAAAAUCUCAAGGAGAUGAACUCGAAGGAGUUUUCAAAAGAGCAAUACCCCUUUACGGAGUACUUGUUCACGCACCUGUGGGGUCAGUUGAAUUUCCACCUGGCGUGUUUGCUGUUGCGCAAAACGAAACGCGAGCAAGGCAGCUGGAGCGAAGCAGGCAGACUGUCUGCGCCCCUGUUCUUGACGGCGUUGGACGUGGGUACAUUGCCAACCACCGGAACACGCGUGCAUCUAGUAGCUGACGAACUUAAAAAUCACUACAAUGCAUGGAACAAAGAGGCAUCGUAUCGCUGUUGCCAAGCCGGUCACAUUCUUCAAGACUAUGCCAAGGACGAUAUGAAAAAGCUGAUGGAUAAGACAGAUAAAUUUUGUACGGGAUUCUGGAGAGAGCGUGUCUUUCAGAGAAUUUUCCUGAACAAGAUCUAUGUUGACCAUUCACGGACUUCAUACUUUUGCAAUUACUCAACUUCUGAUUCCUUACCUCUCCGUUUCUGUACUGCGGCUCAACUAAGACUUUACUAUCAACGUGCGCAAAUGGUAUGGCCCGAUUCGUUGCAUCAUCAAAUUUGGUUCGGAAUGAAAUUUCGGCCUCACUACAAAGACAGCACCUUUCCGGACGCGUAUUCGCACGUGUUCCCAUCUCUGCAGGUCUCGGUGUCCAACACGAGUCAAGCGUCGCCCGAGAGCUUAUGUUUGAUGGACAUCGACGCCUUUCUGAACAUGGCGAUAAUGUGCGCUUCUGCCGUACUGGAGGAGCAACAACUCAACAGCUUCAUGAAUCCUGAAAAAUUGCCAACAUUGCCGGUCGACUUGACCUCGACACUCUCUACUAGUAAUCAGGAAAAAUGGUGGUCCGCAGCGUACAGGAUGUACUCCAAGCAGGAAGACAACGACAUCGGCGACAUCGGCGAAUUGCGGCAGGAAUUGCAGCAGGGUCUGGAAGUCGUGCGCUGUAUCGGCAAUCACGGUCUGCAUCCGGUGCUGCUGGUGCACUUGGCACGCAUGUUCCAUUACCGCGCAGUGCAGGGAAGGGAGAAGGAGGAGGAGGAGGACGUUCUGCCUUGGGAGGCACGUUCCGACAUGUACUGGACUGCCGCUAUACCGCUGUUGGGGAGAUUGCAGAACAAUCAGACGUUACGUAUGUCUCCGUCGAAGCUGUUCAAUUAUCAGGGCAAAGAGAUGAACACCAACGAGGUGGCCGACGCCCUCGAGGAGGGGAAAUUCCAGUUGGCGCAGCGUUUCGUGCGCGAGAAGCAGUACGAGCAGGCAAUCGACGCGCUGCAGCCGCUCAAGUAUCCGGAGGCGUCGUUCCAGCAGGCGCUCAUCUACCGAAUAUUCGCGGACGACAUAGUGAAUAACACGCCGCGCGAGAGCCUCACGUCCGAGAUGCGAUCGCAGCACAUCAUAAUGCUGUCGAAGGCGAGGAACUGCCUUUACCUCACGCUCGACCGACUCCGCAGUCCCGGCAUGAAUCCUAAGCACCCUUUGAACGCGGAGCUCGCGGAUCACAUCGCCAUCAUCGAAAAUAAGUUGAAGCGGAUCGACCCGGAUCUGGGCAGAGGCGAUACCAGCAGGAAUGACUGCGAUGGCAUAUCCGACGAGAGUUACUCGCCCGCUCAUAGUGCUGCAGACCCAACGGUGGCCACAAAUCCGGCACCGCCGGUGAUAACCGCGCCGAUGAGCAUCUCGAACAUACUAACCACUCCGCAAAGGAAUGUCCAGCGUGCGCCGAGGCAUACCAGUACACCGUGCAGGCAGCAGCAGCAGGAUUACUUGAACGUGUCGAAGAAUCGGACGGAGGCGCGCCCAAGCCCGGAGCGUCUCGACGCUCAGAUACGCCAGCUCGUACAAUCACGGGACAACGAGGUACAAGAACUGGUGGAGCAGAUGAAGGGAAUGAUGUUGCAGAUGAAGACUUUGACUGAGAAGGUGGACAAUCUGACGAAGGAGGUGGUGGAAUCGCGUAAGGAGAGCCAGAAGCAGCAGCAGCGUACACACCAGCAGCAACAGAACGUCAAUCCCUCCGUUGACCCUGACGAUUUCUAUGUCUUCGACGACGAUGAAUACAGCGAUCUGAAUACGUAUUCGAAUCAACCCGCUGGCCCACCCGCUUCCUCGAUCUCCGGCAACAUGUUUACGUCGCAACAUCGGCAUCCUUACUCACCGCUGGUGUACCCAUCCGCGACCGUGUUCCAGGGAUACUACCAGGGCGGAAUACCGUUCACCGAUCCGAACACGCAGGCGGCGAUCUCGAACCUGUAUCAGCACACCGUUUAUCCGAUGCCAGUGUUGUAUCCCAAUCAGUCGAAGGUGCCGGAUAAUCCGUUGCAACAGGGGCUCUUCGCAUCGACGCUACCCUCACAAUUGCCCGAACUCAUGCCGGGAGCCGCUGCUGCGGCAGCGGCGGCGGCGGCGGCGGCGGCGGCGGUACCGAAUCCGCCGUUGCAGAUGCCGUUGCCGUUGCAACAGAAGAUCGAGACGCCACGAACGAAGCCCGAGGCGACGAGAAUCGCCUCUACUACAACCACGACAACGACGGCCAUCAAGAGCGCGCCGGUGAACAAGGCGCCACCCGUGAACGUGGUCAUUACGUCGUCCGACACUCUACCGACCACGGUGCCGCCCGUGCAGCCGAUCCUGAGUGUCACUAUACCGCCACAGUAUCGACUAGGAGCACCAGGCACCUUCACCUCGACGCCCAUGACGACGGCGACUACGGCGACGAUGGCAACGAUGGGCAUGACGCCUACAACAAUAACGAAAUUGCCAACGUUGUCCGAUGCACCGCACUGCUACCAGAUACCCAUGCCCUCGCAGGCUACUAUACCGACUACUGUCAAUCUUCCACCGUCAACAAUCUACGUCACGUUGGGUAAUAACAUACCACCGAUGUACACCAGCUUAACGUCUAACGUGCCGGUCAUGACUACGCAGGCGACUCAGGAGACGAUUGCUCCUUGGUCAAGCGCUCAUCAGAACGAAACCACCACUAAGACCACUGAUACCAAUAUCAAACCUAUAUACGAACCGAUCGACUCGCCGAAUACUUCCACGGAAGUAUGCGAACAGGAGCAUGACCCUAUACCAGAUUUCGUACCCGUCAUACCGUUGCCUGCGAAGGUGAAGAUCACCACUGGUGAGGAGGAUGAAGUCUCCCUGUAUUGCGGCCGAGCGAAAUUGUUCCGUUUCGCCGACAAAGAAUGGAAGGAGCGUGGUGUCGGUUACGUAAAACUGCUGCGCAACGCAGAGGACAAAGUACGUCUACUUAUGCGUCGCGAUCAAGUUCUGAAGAUCUGCGCGAAUCACAUGCUAAGACCCGAUAUGGAACUCACUGCUAUGCCAAAUAACAACAAGGCUUGGUGCUGGGUCGCUAACGACUUCGCCGACGAGGAGGUGAAACUGGAGAAGCUCUGCAUCAGAUUCAAGACUGUUGAAGAGGCGACAGCGUUUAAGGAGGCCUUCGACCAAGCUAAACUCAACUUUUCUGCAACGUCGCCGGAGAAGUCGUCCAAGACGAGCGACAAGACCGGUUCAACUCCUUCCUCUAAUGAUAAAGACGCGUCCAAAAAUCAGAAAUCAUCAGCGACGCAACAAGCGAAGAUUACUUCAACAACGGAAGUAACUUCGACGGACAAAUCGAAAACCGGCGCGACGACGCUAGGAGGGUUCAUCUUCAGCUCGACGCCCAUCAUACAGGAAGUCGGCGAUACCGAUGCGAAUAAGAACUCGAAAAAAUCCGAAGAACCGGCGAAAGUCAGUCCAUUCAGUGGAUUUUCGUUUACCAAAUCGUCUAGUAAACCCGAAACGAAGGUUACGACUACUACCACAACGAGUACUACGACACCAACUACGAGUUACGUUUUCAGCAUGCUCGCGACUCCGAUAAUGACUUCGCAGUCUGUUCUGAUGAACCAAAGCACGACACCGAUAUUUACUUCAGCCACAUCCAGUCAAAAUCCCACGGCAUUGAGAAGACCUCGUCUGCCGCCACCUGGUGCAAAAGCAGACUCGUCUAAUGACGAAGCACGACCACAAACUGAAAGCGAGGAGAAGUUGUUUGACGGAAUAGCAAGCCUUCAAUGUCAGGAUGUGAACAACAGCAGCACUAAGCAGUGGAAGAACAAGGGCAAAGGAUCAUUGAAGGUGCUGUUAGACCUAAACUCUGGAAAGCUUCGUUUACUGCUGACAGAUGACGGAGGAAGCAAGCUCUAUGGCCAUGGAAUUCCACUGGAGAUGGCAUUUACGUACAAGAGCGGCGCUACGGUCGUCAAUUGGACCGUUCCAAAGGACAUCAAGGAGCCUGGCAAGGUCUGGUCGCUGUAUGCCGCAACCUUCAGCAGUCCGGAACUAGCCUCCCGGUUCUACAAUAUCGUAUGGAACUCUCAGCAGAAGUUAACUAAAGGCUGCAGUGCGAGCGAAGUCGCGAAGGAACUCGGGAAGAAGGCUCAAGCAUCAUCGAGCGAGAAAAAGCCGCAAAGCGUGGACAAGUCUCAGCCGCCGCCGUUGUCGGAACUGUUCAAGCCGCCGACUGGUUCCUGGGAGUGCAAUAGCUGUUACACCAGGAACAAUGCUACGGACAUGAAGUGCGUGGCUUGCGAGGCUCCGUCGCCUUCGGCGGCGAGCAAUAACAAGACCGGCUCCGCCGCAGUUACCGCUAAACCCGUUGAUUCCACUGGCAAACCACCGUUGUCGGAGUUGUUCAAGCCGGCUGCCGGUUCCUGGUCCUGCCCGGGAUGUUACCUAGUCAAUUCCGGCGCAAAUGUAUACUGCGUCGCCUGCGACAAACCCAAGGACCCGUCGCAGCCACCGAAACCGCAGCAGAACGUUUUCCAACUGAGCGUGUCUUCGUCCUCUGCUACAGCGCCGAUGACCACGUUCUCCUUCGGCAUACCCAAGGACGCGGCCAAGAAGACGACAACCAACACCGGUUUUAGUUUCCGAAUGGAGGAUAAGGGUACGAGCGACAGCGCGAAGGCGACACCGACCAAGCCAGAAGAAACCACUGGCACUACCAACUUCGUGUUCGGCAUGCCAGUGAAAACCGGCGGCAUGCUAAAUUCGGGCGACAAGCCGUUCACCUUCGGCUCGCCUACCAAAUCGUUCAACUUUAAUUUCGCGUCCAAGUCACCAACUAAAUCGCCCGGUGGCGGCGGCGGCGGCGAGAACAGCGAAGACGAAGUGGUAGAGAGUGAGGAUAUUCAUUUCUCGCCGGUCGUGCCAUUGCCUGACAAGAUCGAGGUGAAGACUGGCGAGGAGGACGAAGAGGUGCUCUACAGUCAUCGAGCGAAGCUGUUCAGAUUCGACACCGCGGUGAAAGAGUGGAAAGAACGUGGAUUGGGUGACAUCAAGCUGCUGCGGCACAAGGAAACCGACAAAUUGCGACUGAUCAUGCGGCGGGACCAUGUGCUGAAACUGUGCUUAAAUCAUCUGCUGUCCGCCGAGUUGGAAUUCACACCGAAGGACGAGAAAACAUGGCUGUGGACCACGGCAGAUUACAGCGAUGGCGAAAUCGAGUACAUGCAGUUUGCGUGUCGCUUCAAAACGUCCGAAAUCGCGGCGCAAUUCAAGGAAGCGAUCGACAACGCCAGAAGAAGUAUCACGUCAUCGGGUAGCAGUGAGAAGGCAGGCAAGCCGACAAGGAAAGCGCAGGCGACGAAGACCAGUUCGCCAGUUCAGGAAAUCGAAAUCGUUUAUGAAACAAAGGUCACGCCGGAAGAGAAGGCCGCCGCCCUAAAACUGCAGUUGCCGGAGAACUUCUACGCCUAUAAACAGAAGGAAGAUUGCCGCGGCUGUAGAGGCUGCAAGGAACCGGGCACAGUGUUGUAUCCUGACACUACUGCGCAAGACUUGGACAGGAAAUCCAGAGCGGAAGAGAAGAAAUUCGUAACUCCGUCGAAACUCGCAUCGAACGUGACGACUUCGCCGCCCAGCAAUGCAGGCAAGGGUACUGAGAUUGCUCAGAGCACGCCUCAGUCCACAUCCGUGAAGAACGGAUUCUCCUUCGCGAUGACAUCUGCCAAGACGACUCCCGCCACCUCGAACAUCUUCGACGGCUCCACCAUGAGCUUUGGCACCGGGGAUCUAAAACUGUUCAAUGAUAAGAAGACCACGACUUUCUCUUUCGGCAUGAACCCGCAGUUCAGUGCCAAUGAGACAGCGGAAAAGCCUACAACGACAGCAGCAAACGCCUCACUCGAGAACGUCAAGAUCUGCAGUCCCUUCAAUGUUCAAACUGCGCAGACAACCGAUUCAACCGGGCAGCCGGUAUUUGGCCAAGCGACGUCGACAGCGUCGAUAUUUAAAACGCCCACUUUUACCUUCGAUAGCAGCAAGAAUAUAUUCGGUGGCGGCGCGAAAACCUCGACCUCGGACUUGCCGAAGACCCCUAUCUUCGGAGGGAGUGGCGACAGCAGUUCCCUGCCGUUCGGUAAUUCGCUUUCUCCCUUCAACAUGAAGACGUCUACUUCCACCACCGCGGCGAACUCCUCUCCGUCGUUUACCACGAGUGCUCUGGGCAGUGGUUCCUUCGUCUUCGGUUCCGCGAUCACGGGAAGUACCGCUACUACCACGUCAGCAGCCACGUUCAAUGUGGCCAGUCAAUCGAGCAAUUCGACAUUUGAGUCAAAUACCACUAGUUCCUUCUCUAAGAUGUUUGACAAUAGUACCCCGUUCAGCGCCGCAAUGACGACGAGCGUCUUCGGCGCAACGCCGGCGGCAUCAAACCUCUUCGGUGGAGCGACAACGACAACGGCGCCGACAAUGUCGAAAGUUUUCGGCACGACGCUACCGGACAAUACUCAGAAGACUGAGGAAACCACAAAUUUAUUCUCGUCCAACAACGUGUCGUUCUCGGCGCUCGCUGCGACGGCGGUACAACCAGAAGCCUUCAAAGCCGAUCCCAACUUUAAAUUCGCUGGUGCUGGGUCAUCGGUGUUCGGCUCGAAAUCUGGCGCAUCAUCGCUCAACAGCUCGGCAACAGUUCACAACAAGUCCCACGAGGAAGCGCAGAAGGAAGACAAUGAAGGCGAAGGCGACGUAGAGAACGAGCAAGAACACGAUCCUUACUUCGAGCCCAUUGUACCUCUACCAGACGCCAUUGAAGUUCGUACAGGCGAAGAAGAUGAAGAGAAAGUGUUCUGCCACCGAGCGAAGUUGUACAGAUAUGACAACGCGACGAAGGAGUGGAAGGAGCGCGGCGUUGGCGAGAUGAAGAUCCUGUACCACGCGGGUCACAACAGCUACCGGCUGCUGCUGCGCCGCGAGCAAGUUUACAAGGUUGUCUGCAACUUCCUGAUCACCCCGGACGUGGAGUUCCGUCCGCUCUCUACGUCAACCCAGGCCUGGAUGUGGGCCGGUGUGAACUACGCCGAGCAGGAACCAUGUGCCGAGCAACUGGCAGUGAAAUUUAAGUCGUCCGAUCUAGCCCAGCAGUUCAAGACGCACGUCGAUAAUAUCCAACAAGAAUUGCGCGAGAAGAAGAUCAUUCAAGAUGAGGAGGGACGCGCCGAUGAGGCGGAAGAGACCGAGGAUCACGAUCACGAGGGCAACGACGUGGACGAAGAGGACGAGGAAGAGAACGAAGAGGAAGACGAGGAGGAUGAAGAAGUGGAUGAGGACGAGGAGGAAGACGACGAGGACGAUCAGCAAAUGCUUCCCAUAAUCGAGAAACGUGCCACAGUAUUUGCGAGAUGGCCCGACGAGAGCAAGUGGGAACAGGUGGGCCUGGGAAAUCUCGCGAUUCACUACGACUCCGACAUCUACGCCGAGAGGAUCGUGCUUAAGCUCGACGACUCGGAUGAGUACGCGAGCAACACCAUCAUCAGCCUCGAUACGGUGAUGCAGGUGGAAGGCAAGGAGUGCAUCUGGAGCGGAAUCGACUACGCCUUGGAACCUCCCAUGAGAAGAGUCUUGAGGGCAGUCUUUUCGUCGGUGCAAGCGGCGCAGGAGAUGCAUACGUUCUUCGAGGAUGGAGUGGACAGCGCGAAACAAGCGGGCGUCGUCGAAUACCAAGAGUGAAAAUCUUGAGCUGGCGGUAGAAGGUGGAGAAUCAUGUGGCUGUUAAUAUAUAAUCGCAUUAACUUCCUAUUUUAAUAUAUAAGCGGGUCGCUGUCGUUCCUCUCAAAGUGUAAGAGCAAGGAAUGGACAUGUACCGCACGAUUUACGUGAAUAGCUUUCUUCUUCUUUUUUUAGAGCCAAGAGUUUGAUAAGUACAAAAAUUGUUGAUGUACGCAUACAAGUUCCCGUUAUAACGUAAUUUAUGUGCUACGAAAAGGAAACCUAUUUAUAAAUAAUAACCGUGUGUACGGAAAUGAAAUAGAGAAUCAAACGUCACGCUGUCUAAUCUGUUUAUAUUAGUUUUUUUUAUAUAAGAGUCGUAUUUUGUUUUUAAUAAAAUGUGAUACGUGCCAAUGGAAAGCGCUUUCUGCUCCAAGAAAUGAAAGCACCGUUUCGUAAUUAUUAAUGUAUCGGUAACUAUUUUUAAAUCGUGAUAAUGACUAGUUUAAAACCCGUAUAUUUUCAAAAUAGGCAUACUUGUGGGAAUCGUUGGUAAUAAAUAAUAUGUUAAAUGCUCACGAUACUGAUAAGAUAAUAACACAAAUGCACAAACUGAUAAUAGCCUACCAGUUAGGUAACUUAAUGACCAUGGCGAAUCGCAGGAGUCUCAAAAUCAUGUUUGAUUUGCUAAGUCGCUGUAGCUCUUAAAGUUAAACACCUAUUGUAAAUAUUAAAUAAAAGCUGACUUACGGCUACGUGUAAUAAUAAAUCACGAUUAUAUAGUUAUUACUAGUAAGACUGAAAUAGAAGUUGUCGCAUGACGAGCAUCGUUGCAGCAUCGUCCAUCACGUGUACAACGUAAAAGAUCAUUCGAUUAAGCAUGUUUUAAACUACAUUCUCGAAUAAGUCAUUUUACACACAUACAUUACUGUCACGAUGAAGUUUAUUCAAAUUAAUAUUAAGUUCGUUAAUUUAAGCACGCAUUUGUUACACGCAUUAUAUGGGACGUUCUCGCCAUAGGAGAAUCAAGUUGAAUAAAUAAAAUCCAUUAACGAA